AAAUGGGGCAAAAAGGCAAUGUUCUUUGACCACCGAGCAAACCCCAGCCUCCGUUACUCUCCUUCCUCUUGGCUCGCCUCGGCUCCCGUCGUCCCCUUCCUUGAGAUCUCUAGGAUACGAGCGCAUUCGCAUCGCUUCGCCUCCGCCGCGGCCUGGGGAGAUGGCGGGUUUGGGAAAGGCGAUGUACGCGGUGGGAUUCUGGAUCCGGGAGACCGGUCAGGCCCUCGAUCGCCUCGGCUGCCGCCUGCAGGGCAAGUACUUCUUCCACGAGCAGAUUUCAAGGCAUCGCACCAUCAUGAACAUCUUUGACAAAACCCCACAUGUUCAUAGGGAUGCAUUUGUUGCUCCAAGUGCAUCCCUUAUUGGUGAUGUUCAAGUCGGGCAAGGAGCUUCCAUUUGGUAUGGGUGCGUCUUAAGAGGGGACGCAAACAACAUACAAAUUGGAUCUGGGACCAAUAUACAAGACAAUUCUCUUGUGCAUGUGGCUAAAUCUAAUCUAAGUGGGAAAGUCUUUCCAACAAUCAUUGGCAAUAAUGUCACAAUAGGUCACAGUGCUGUGUUACAAGGAUGCACGGUUGAGGAUGAAGCUUUUGUUGGCAUGGGGGCAACCCUAUUAGAUGGUGUCGUUGUUGGAAAGCAUGGGAUGGUAGCUGCAGGAUCCCUUGUAAGACAGAAUACUAGGAUCCCUUGUGGAGAGGUAUGGGGAGGGAACCCUGCCAAAUUUCUGAGGAAGCUCACAGAUGACGAGAUCGCAUUUAUCACGGAAUCAGCUUCCAACUAUUCCAAUCUGUCCAAGGUGCAUGCUGCCGAGAAUGCCAAGCCUCUUGAAAAGAUUGAGUUUGAGAAGGUGUUGCGCAAGAAGUUUGCUCACCAGGAUGAGGAGUAUGAUUCCUCCAUCGGCAUCACUCGAGGGUCCCCACCGGAGCUGACAUCCCCAAAUCCAGCCCAAUAAACCUCUGUUUUUGUUUCUGUUUUCUCUUUGACGCCUUAAUUAUUUUGUAUUGGACAGCGCUGGAUUUUGACCGGGCCAUAGUUCCAUGACUUAGGUGGUUUAUGUUUACUUUUCCUCCCCAAUAAUCUUGGGUCGAGCGAUGUUAUAAAGCUGGUCAUGCACUUCU